GCUUAAGUAAAAAAUCUUAGAAUAUAUUAUAUAAGCUGUUUCAUAGGAUGCCACAUUUAUUUAUUUACUGAACUAGGUAGAUACGGCCUAUUAAUCAUCGGUUUCUUAAAACUCCUAACACGCACGCAUAUUUUGCCAACACUUUGCUAUUAAAAUCUCCUAGGCAACUAAAGCAACAGUACAUUUUUUUGGAUUCCCUACAAGCUUUUAUUUUAAUUAUUUUCUAAAUUCACAAUUUUUUACUUGAAUAAUUAGCUAGUAAUUUGUAUUGCAACCUGCUUGCUAUACGUAUGACCAUUUUGCUCACAGAAAAUUUACUAUGUCAGUGAUCCUGACAAAAGAAAAGAAGUAAAAACUAACUUCCUAAGAAUUUUUAAAUAUGUACAAGAUAACAUUGAGACACCUAUAAGCGUUUGACUGGAAAGAAACAAAUAAAGACGUAACCAUGCCGCUGGUAUUAUCUCAAGCGGAGUUCGACAAGCUGGUCUCAUGGACGGACGGCAGCCGCGAGAACAAGGAUGCGGCGCGCCAGAGCGAGUAUGUCAAACGUCUGAAUGAGCAGAGCUCACGCAUGACACGCGAGUGGCCCAAUUCUUUGGAGAAUGUGAACAAACGUAACGAGGAGCUGCGGCGCGCACGCGUCGAGGCCGCCGAGCAGGCCAACAGUAAGUUCUACAAGAAGUACAUGCGACAAAAGCGCGAUGAACAGGCGCGUCUUAUGUACAGCGCACGCGACACCAUAUUCAAGAAUAAGGACGCUCCGAAGAUGUUUCUCCGUGCAGUAAUAGAGACCUGCGUACAGAAAGAGCGACAAGCACAGCUGCAGUUCAAAGCCGAGCGAAUGCGGGAAGAGAAAGAACAGAAGAGAAGAGACGACGAUGAAAUCAUUCGCCGCGCGGCCGAUUGGCACGCUCUCAUGGCCACGAAGCGUCGGCGUCGGUUCGAAUCUGAUAAACAGCAUCAGAAGGAGAUCUUGGAACAAGCGCACGAGGUGGCUGAACGCAACCGCAACGAACACGAAACGGAGUUGAAUUAUCAGAUCUUAGACAACAUCAAGGCCAACGAGCAAAUGGAAGCACUCAGCGAGUUUGAGCGCAAUUUCAACAAAGCCGAAAAAGCCCGUAUCCUCGCCGACAUGAAGCAGUCGAAGGCUGAAUUAGAUGCGCGACGGGCAGAGGAGCACGCCCGCGACCAACUGGACGACAAGCUGAUCGCCGUGUUACAGCGCUCGCGGGCCAGGACUCAGGCGCUGAGGAAGAAAACUGAACAAGACGCUCGAGACGAGCAGCAGCGCGUGUUGGAGCUGAACAGCAAGCGCUUGCAGAGCGGCGAGUCCACGCGCGCGGCCAAGGAGCAAGCCAGUCUGGAGGCCGCCGUUAGGGAAAAGGAAGCGAUCGCCGAGACAAGACUACGCAAGGACAGAGAGAAAGAGGCGCGCUUUAGACGCGAAAAACAGGAGGUGCAAGACAAGUUCCUCGCAGACGAGGCGCGCCGCCUGCACGAGUUUAAUACUCAGCGCCAGUGGGAGAUGAUGAACCGGUUCAAGAACCAAGAGCUGUACGAUGAUUUCCAGGAGAAGCUACGUCAGGAGAAAGCGCGCAAGAUAAAAGAGUUCAGAGAGGAGACGCUCAGGCUUUGGAAAGAGCGAGAUGAGCGCGAAGCGCGCGAGCGAGCCGAAACCCGCUACUUCUACGGCGAGCUGGCCGAGAGGAAACUCCGCGACGCCGACAACAGGUUGUUCGCGCACGCGGAGGAGCUGCUGGCCGAGGCGCGGCGCCACCACAGGCCCGACUACGCGCUGCGCAAGGCUCUCGAUCGCUACUGUUCGCUGUACCGCCUGUACCCGAUGCCGGAGCUGUCCAAGACCGUGCAGUCGCACUUCCCCGACUACAGGCCCAAGGAUUGCUGCGUACCAGACCCAGGUUACAGGCCCGACCCGCCGCCGCAGCCUGAACCUGAGGAGAAGGAGUCUCCCCAGCCUGGUGGCAAGAGAAGCGGCUUGCAGCCCGCUCAGGACGGUGACAAGGCGGGGCCGUCUGUGGUCGAGGAGACGGUGGCGGACUACAAGAGAGUCGGGCGCGCCAACGGUCUGCAGAGGACGCCUGCUGAGGCGGACCUGUUCAAGCUCCCACCGAUCCAGGUCAUCCCCUGCGAGACCCCGAGCUGCACUUGCCCGCUGAAGAAAUAAAACAAACGCAUACAAAAUAUUAAUUUAUUAUAGUGUUGUCAUGUCUAGAGAGCUAUGGCACCGCUGCUGUGACUAGACAGUUGGUGGUCCUGUUAGUUUUUCGGUAUAACAAAUUAUCUUAUUACAAUGCAGUAAGGCCUAUUAUUUAGACUUAGGUGUCGAAAUUUGUAAACACUCUUAUAAGUUACAAAGACGUAUUCGAAUGUCUCAUAACGGAUACUGAAAAGAGUUCAAUUUCUGCACGAUAAAUUCAAAAUCAUGAUACCAAAUUAAAUAAAACAUUGUCUUGCUUUGUGGUACAAUUGCGUAUACGUAAUUGUAUAAUUAUUUUUGAUACUUCGAAAUAAACUUGACUUUUUUUGGUAUAAGAUCGUGUCAUUCACGAUGGCGCGCAGAUUCGUCAAAUCUAACCUUUAAUAAUAUGACAAUAUGCGUCUUCGUGAAUGACACGAUCCAUAAGUUAGUAAAAGUUGUCGAUGUAACUUAUAUUAGUGCCAGCGCUACGGAAGUACACCUACUACAAUUGUUCGUCGUUUCAAUACAAUAAAUUAAACUAGCUUACUAAAAUAAAUCUUUGGUCAUAUU